AUGCACCUCGCCUCCAUCACUCUAACUUUGGUACAACUCUAUAAAAGUGAAGAUGACCUGGAGAUUUCAAAGAAGAUUAAGAAUCUCUGGACUGCAUUGGGCUUGGAAGAUACACAGUUGAUGAACUACUCAGUGUUGCUGGAUUUCCCUGGGUCCUCUCCAGGCACCAUCACUGUGAGCAGCACUGGCCAGUGCUUUUAUCCUGAUGGCCAACCUUGCAGGGAAGAAGCCAGAAGAGGCCAUAGCCAAGAUCUGCUCUACUCAUAUGCAGCCUAUUCUGCCAAAGGAACUCUCCAGGCUGAUGUCAUCGAUGUGAGUUAUGGAACUGCAGAUGAUUUAAAAAGGAUCACAAAAUUUAAAAAUACAACAAAUCAAAUUGCACUCCUGAAAUUAGGAAAAUUACCACUGCUGUAUAAGAUUUCCUUAUUGGAAAAGGCUGGCUUUGGAGGUGCUCUUCUCUACACUGACCCUUGUGAUAUCCCAAAGUCCGGAGAUCGUAGCUCUGAGACCUUUAUGGUGACACUGAAUCCAGGAGGAGACCCUUCCACACCUGGGUACCCCAGUCUUGAUGGAAGCUUUAGACAGAGUCGACCAAACCUCACCUCUCUGUUAGUACAGCCCAUCUCAGCAUCCUUCGCUAAAAAACUCAUUCCUUUGCUAAAACUGAGACUGGAUGAUGAUGGCUGUCACCUUCUAGAACUUCCGUAUAAUGAAAAAACAACUGUCCAUUUGCAAGUGCAUACAGUCACAAAAUUUAAAACAGUGACUAAUGUUGUUGGAUAUCUAAAAGGCUUGACAUCACCAGACCGGUAUAUUAUAGUUGGCAGUAACCACCAUGUUGGAUACAGUUAUAAUGGACAAGAAUGGGCCAGCAGUACUGCAAUAAUCACUGCGUUUAUCCAAGCCUUGAUGUUACAAGUGAAGAAAGGAUGGAGACCAGAACGCACUAUUGUUUUCUGUUCAUGGGGAGGAACGACUUGGGGCAAUAUUGGCUCCUAUGAAUGGGGAGAGGAUUUUGCGAAGAUUCUACAAAAGAAUGCUGUGGCUUACAUUAGCCUCCAUAGUCCCGUCCGCGGCAACACCAGUCUGCAUCCGGUAGCAUCUCCAUCUCUCCAGCAACUGGUUCUAGAGUUAUAUUUUAUAACUUUUACUGAACAUGAAGUUGUCUGUGCUGUAUCUCUGUACAAAGACAAGCACACCAUCGUUGGGGUACAGUUUGUGCCCAGCCCCAGUCUCUGUUGGCAUACACUCGACAUGCCUUUCAGAUGGUCACAGAGCUUCCAAAACACAACUCUCCUGGAGAGUAUGUUGGCAGAAGAUGACACUGUUUCUGUUCGGCUGUUGAUGUAG